UCUGCCUAAAGCAGCCCCCCUAUUUUUACACAUGCGUGCGGAUUCAUGGCACGGAGCUUGGUCCAGCACCAUCAUCUUGUGUGUGAAGCCUUGACCUUGCAUCUAUUAUCAGCUUUGGUCGUCAUGCAGGCCUUGAUAAUAACUGUUGGCCAAUGAAUGUCUAUUGGCAGAUGCCUUCGAAGCAGCCUCGCCGCAGCGGUGAGUCUGGGAGGGCGAACCCCUUCCAACCGACCCGAUCAGCCAAGAAGGCGUCACUCACUCGAGGUACUCCUUCUCCUUUGGUUCAGAGGUGCCUUGCUUAUUAGUACCUACCUACCUAGGUACUGAAACUCAAAUUUCAGUCAUUAUCUGUCUGUUCCCUCCGCCGUCUUCUCUCUUGUCUCACUUGCUUUCUUCUUCCCAUCUUUUUUGUUGUCCCCAUCCCUCCCGUCGUCAUCUUCAUCUCCUGCGAGCUUUUACCUCCGAGACAUUCAAAUCUCCCUUGAUCAUCCAAGACUACAACACCAUGUUUCAGUCUACCUAGGUGCACAUUAGUCUAUUAGACUAGUGCAGCCAGUUCACCCUAUCUUCAGCAGCACCAUAUUAUGCCCCUUACUGAUGCGUGCACGUGAGUGUCAACGGACUCGCCUCGCCCCGUCCCGCGGCUCCCUAUUAACGAGAUGGAGAUUAUGAUGCCGGGAUGCAGAGGAAACUCCGUCAUCCCUCUGCCGUCGUAUAAAAUGGAUAGAACUUUCUCUGCAUCUUGUCGCCGUCUUUACUCAAACAAUCUUCAACAAAAUUCUCGGACGAGCACUCGGUACACCAGUUUCCUAAACCUUGUGACACAAAAUUCUUCGGUUCUUUGACUGGAGCACGGAGUUCUGAAUACAUCUUAUGAUGGAAGACAUCGUACAAUCAGAAUGCGCCAGCUAUGACGAGCGCUACUGGGUUCGGUCGCAGGACGAUUUGACCUGGUCCAUAGAGAGACUGUCGUCAGUUCAGUUACAUGCCUAUCUCCGACAACCAUCCAGGGACGACCCCUUUUCAGCAUGGUCAACGACGCCAAUUGAUCCUUCCACGAACCUUACCUUUCGACACAUAGAAGUACUGUUGAAUCUUCGUAUCACUUCAUGCGUUGCAUUUAUUCGUCGCCAAGUCUUCGUUCUCCUAUUCCAGUCACACGUUCUUGCUGAACCUCCAGCCCAGACGCAUCGAUGUCAGCCACCAGAAGCUCACACCGCGGAUACUCAGCUGCAUACGUACGGCAUAGGAGCACAGUUCGAAGGGUCCUGAACUCAUGGAUGGCCACUGCAAUAGCUGUCAUGACAUAGACAUGAUGAAGGACGUUGACUCAAUGAUAGCUGGGUAUUUUCAGCGAUCUGCGCAAAAUGCCCUAAGAAGCGACUGGUUACUCAUUUAUAUGCAUGUACUCUCUGAUGUCAUGCUAGAAACCCUCGUCUCAAACUGUUACAGUCACCCAGAAAGCACCCUUCUUUACACCAUCUCUGCUGGUUUUACUUCUUCUUAUUUCCCCCAUCUAAUUCUCUCCAUGCUGCAGUUGUCUUUCGAUGACUAUACCGUCAAAGCCAUUGCUUGAAUAAUCUAUUACAUUUCACAAAUAAGUUUCAUCUCACAGAUAUCACUGCUCUAUUGAGAUGUUUCGACCAUGGUCGCCUCACUAUACUGCUUCACGUGAAAAGUGUCUGGUUUAUUUGCGAGUGUGCGAUCUUGGUAUAUUCUGCAAUUAAAUUGAAUCUUCACACAUAAACGACACUGAACGUUUAUUGUAUGACAUAUUUACAGUUUAACACCAUGCUCAUGCUUGAAUCUUAUCAUAAUAAAGUCACCCAGAGCUACGAACGCCAAAAUAAACCUUCGAUCUCCGAUCGUGACGAGAAUUAAGUGUUCAAAUAGCAAGCCAUUUUCUUCAUCAACUACCCUAAGUACCUAUUUUUAUCACUGAGGACUCAAGUAGUCCGAGCUUUUGUCCCUCCCCCCAAACCCCCAAACCCAUGCUAUCUCCAGCCACAUCACGGAUUGCAUGGUUCGUCAUCCUGAUAUUGCGCUUACCCCAAACUUCUCCACAGUUUCGCCUCAUCUACCGACAAUCCCCCAGAUUGUGGAUUUAUGUUAUUCGUAUUUCAUUGGAAGAAUCUUGGAUCUCGUUAAUCCAUCAAUGAAAAGCCGUUAUCGUAGAAAAGAACCGACUCAAACCUGGAAACGUUGAAACCAUUCGGCGAACUAAAAGCAUCGGGAGUCUGAUCAAGUACCGAAAAAUCGGAUUUAGGCCUGCGGUCGGUCUUAUUCCCACGCCGAUAUGUU